AUGAGCAUUGCUGUGCAGAAUCUUACAUCCGGAGUCAUUUCCGUGAGCUCCAUCGGAAUCCAAGACUCUAAGCCUACUCUGGUGCCUGCUUCUUCCGUCGCGACCGUCACUCCCGUUACUCCUAAACUGCGUUGUCGUGGCGGUCUCCUACUGCGCAGCGAGGCGGAGCAAUCAAAUCGAGUAUGCGAACUCACGGCCUUUGCAUUAGCUAGCCGGGCGCAGAAGGGUUGGUCAUUGCUCUACGACGAAGGAGAUGUGAACUCUGGUUGGAGGGUAUACUUGCGUCGGAGUACGGAUGGAAAGUCAGUGAAGCGAGACAUCUUCAUUUUACCCAGGAGAGAUCUGUCCUGCUUCCUGAAAGAUGUGGCAGACAACCAUCGUUUGUCGGAUCUUUGCCUCCCUCUGUCCCAGUACGGUUGGCCUAUUUCUCAGUGCCAGUCACAGAGCACACCGUUCUCUAUGCAGUUGCAGAGCGGGAUACGUGUCGUUGACGUACGUCUGGCAGUAGUCGAUGGUCGCUUGAUUGCACACCACGGUAUUAUGUCGGAAAGAACGCCAUUUCAGGACGUCCUAUCUGGCCUGCAUGACUUCCUUACCGACCAACGAACGUCGAGCGAGACGGUCGUUAUGUCAAUCAAGCAAGAAGACUUCAACACUACACCUCCCGCUGAGUUCUCAACGCUUGUCCAUGACGAAAUCUUUAAUGGAGCUGGCGGCCGGGAUAUGUGGUUCCUUGAGAAUCGAAUUCCUCAAUUAGGAGAAGUGAGAGGAAAGGUAGUCAUGUUAAGUCGAUUUGGUGGCGAUGGCUCAGGUUGGGAGAAUGGGCUGGAAGGAAUGGGAAUUCAUCCGACAACUUGGCCAGACAGCCAGAAAGAAGGAUUCCAAUGGAUGUGCAAGGACACCCUUGUACGGACUAGUGAUUGGUACGAUAUACCCUCUUUCUUUUCCAUACCGGAAAAGGUGUCACUGGCGACGGCAGUCCUCCUUCCGCCUGCAGCCGGCGGUUAUACUCAGCCAACCCUAAACAUCUCCUUUUUCUCUGCGAGUUCCUUCCCACUUGCCUUCCCACCUGUCAUUGCGAAGGGGUUCGGCUAUCCCGCUUGGAAGCUUGGAGUUGAGGGCGUCAAUGCAAGGCUAGGUAGCUGGUUAUUGGACCAGUUGGCACAAACAUCCGGCGUGUUGCCCCGUGGCUGGGUAUUUAUGGAUUUCUUCACAACGCCGGGCGGAAUAACGGGACUGCUCGUGGAAUGCAAUUUCAAGGGGAUGGGAGCCAUGAGUAAGGAGACUUGA